UCCUAUUUCUGAAGCAUGAAGUUACAAAGAAUCCUUCUACGACACUAUCCACCGGGAAUCAUUGUGGAGUAUGUACAGGCGCAAAGGCUCCACACAAAGGCGAUCGACCUUAUGGACCUUCCAUAUGCGGCGGACUUGACAAAGGCUGCACAUGAUCUAAAGCAACGGGAACCGCUCUUGGCGCGAGUGGAAUCAGAUAAGAUCUUGAGUGUGCUGCAAUCCUUGAAAAAUAAAAAUGUCCGACGAAUACCGUUUACCUACGUUUCACAUAAAAAACUUCGGGCUCAUGUAAUGCCUUUGACGAAUUGCGCUUUCAACAAAUCGGGUGACAGGAUCAUCACCGGCAGCUAUGACCGCCUCUGCAAAGUCUGGGAUACGGUCAACGGAACCGAGCUGUUGACGCUCGAUGGUCACAAGAACGUCGUGUACUCUCUGUCGUUUAACAAUCCCUUCGGCGACAAAAUUGUCACGGGCUCAUUCGAUCGAACCGCAAAGCUGUGGAGCGCAGAAACAGGAAAAUGUCACCACACCUUCAAAGGACACACUGGCGAAAUCGUCGCGCUGUCGUUCAACCCGCACAGCACAAUAGUUGCAACUGGAAGUAUGGACAGUACAUCCAUGCUGUGGGAUGUAAGGACUGGCUCAGAUGUAUGCAAAUUCAAGGGUCACUCAGCCGAAGUGAUAACGAUUGGCUUCAGUAAUUCAGGAGAUUUGCUGCUGACUGGUUCGUUUGAUUCCACAAUAAAUGUUUGGGAUGUCAGAACUGGAAGAAAUCUGCAUACUCUGAUUGGCCACCGCAGCGAAAUAUCGAAUGCUGUUUUCAACCAUCAAUCCACAAAUAUUCUGAGCGGAUCCAUGGAUGGUACAGCGAAAUUAUGGGAUGUGAAUUCCGGCGAGUGUACACAAACAUUGAGGGGCCACACGGAUGAAGUCCUCGAUAUUGCUUUCAAUUGUACCGGCACUCGGAUUGCCACAGCGUCAGCAGAUAAGACUGCGAGAAUCUACGACACGCAAUCCAAUGAAUGUUUAUACACGUUGACUGGCCAUGAUAAUGAGAUUUCAAAGAUCACGUUUGAUUCGACCGGUAGCCAAAUUUUGACAGGGAGUCGAGACAAAACAGCUAGAUUAUGGAGCAGCUUCGAUGGGAGAUGUACUCAAGUCCUGGAGGGGCAUACCGACGAAAUCUUCAGUUGCGCAUUCAACUACGAAGGAGACUAUAUUGUGACAGCGUCCAAAGACAAUACAUGUCACAUAUGGCGGACAAAAGAUGCAGGGUGAUCGCCUUUGGACGUUAGAGUAAAAUAACUGCCAAGGUUAAGAUAGGGUUCACCGGGCUGAUACGUCCUCUGCUAUCAUUCUUGUCGCCACAAUACCCAAACGCGCACACCUUAUCGUUCUAUGCAUUUCACAAUUCAAGUCAUUAUUAAAGAAAUACCAAUUGAGGCACAAGUCAUCUCAACCUCAAC